GCCUUUUUCGUAAUUGUACAGAUUCUGUCCCCAGAAUCUGGGGGCGGCUGUUAAAAAGGCCAUUAUAUUCAUAAGAAUAAUAUGCCUUGUGAUAUAAAUCUCUCUCUCUCUCUCUCUGUUUGCCGAGAUUGAAUGAUUGACACACAGCAUCCAGCACAGCAGCCAAUCAGCACUCACGGAUUGACGUGCAGGCGAUCAUCCCGCCCAUAGCGCUUAGUGCAAAGUUGAAAGCGAGUCCGGCGGAGCGCUGACGCAGAUGCUGAACUUUUCUGUUUUAUAUAUAUUAUAUAGUUUUAUUCAUUGUUCGGGUGUUGUGCGUCUAUUGAAAAAAAACCACACACACACAAAUACUGAAAACACCCAACUAAGACAACUCUUCAACUUUCUACUAAUAACUGAGUUGUUGUGGUGACAAAUAAACGGGUUACUCCCAUAUUUCAACCAUUUUGCCUAUGUCUCUUACCGGACACCCUGUGGUGGGUUUCAAACCUAACCAGCAAUAUACUCCAAUGAGAAUGUGCUACCAACAGCUAACUCAUUUUUUCAGACUGUUGCAAAUAAAUCAGCCAUCAGAUUCACUAGAACCUAUUUCAUUAUUACGCACUGGAACCAAUUACUGGAACCGAUUGCACAUCCUGACAUAAAGGGAUGAUGAUGAUGAUGAUGAUGAUGUUACAGAUGAUUUUGCUCCUGACUGAAUCUGUCCUGAUCUCGUCAUAUCAGUCGAACUCCACAGUUGAGUGUGAAAGACCUGAUAAAAAAAAAUCUGUGAAAGUGCUAGCUGGAGAAUCCCUGUAUUUACCCUGCCCCAACGAUGACUGCCAUAUUGAGACUGAAAACACCUCGUAUGAAUGGUUCAAAUACAUCGAAAGAACAGAGCAGGUUGAGCAAAUCGGGACGGAGGAGAGCGAACGCAUCCAUUACCACCUUUCUGAAUUGUACAUCCUUUGGUUAACCCUGAACGACACAGGACGCUACAUCACACGCUGGUGGUAUGAGGAGGACAAAUGUGAUGAAUAUGAAACUGACGUUGUGGUUUAUGAGGAGUUCAACACAGAUCUCUUGAACGAUACUCCGGAAGAAGAAAAGCCGUCAAAAAUCUACUGUCCAGUGUGUGAAAAUCAGCAGGCCACGUUCAUCUGGUAUAAGAAUUUCUCUCUUAUUCCAAACCAAGAGUCUGCACAGUAUUUACAUCUCCGUAACUCUUCAGAAGAAAGCGAGGGUAUUUACACCUGCGUUUGCACCUGGGAGCACAACGGGAUAAAACACAACCGCUCUGGAUUUCGCGAACUGAUCAUCAGAGAUAUGUCCAGCAGUACUCCUACAUUUCAACUUCCCAUCAAUAACUCCAUUGUGAUCACUGAUGUGGGUACAGAACUGAUCCUCCAUUGUUCUGUCUUCUUUGGACGCACUGUGUGUGAUGAGUGCUCUGUUCAGUGGGAAAGGAAUAAAACCAGGAUAGAUGCGGUGAAUGGAUAUAAGCAGGAAACAAGAAAGCAAGAUGGCAUCAUGGAGUCAUUUUUGACCAUUACUAAAGUUUCUGAGCUGGACCUCCGUUCUGAGUAUCGCUGCAGAGCUGAGGACUCUUAUGAAUAUUUUUAUGUAUCAAUCAUUUUGAAGCGUAAAGAAUCAAUGAUCCCUGUGAUUCUGGCAUGCGUUUGCACAUUUCUUCUUGUCCUGGUGCUCAGUGGAAUAGUGAAGUGGUUUUCAUUGGAUCUGGUGCUGUUCUUAAGGGAAAUUAUCGCCAAGCUCAACAGGACAGAGGAUGGGAAACUGUAUGACGCUUAUGUGAUUUACCAGAGAAACUUGGAAGAGAAGACAGACAAAACUGUAAGUGACUUUGUCAAUGGAUCUCUUCUAACAGUGCUGGAGAGCUACUGUGGCUUUAAACUUUUUAUUCACGGCAGAGAUGACCUACCUGGUGAAGACUGCAUGGACCUGACUGAAUCUAAGAUACAGCUUAGUCGGAGACUUAUCAUCAUUUUAACCCCUGAAACAAGUACUACUACUUCUGCAGCUUAUGAUCUGGAAUUGGGCCUCCAUCAGGCUCUGGUACAAGGAGAAACUGGUGUGAUUCUCAUCCAGCUGGGAAAGAUGCAAGACUACACACAUCUGCCUCUCGGACUGCAGCAUCUCCUCUGUAAGAAUUCUCCUUUACUGUGGAGAGACGGCGAAACCUCACCAAACUCGAGGUUCUGGAAAAGAGUGCGAUAUAGGAUGCCUGUUGCGUCAUCCCAUCGGAGGAGUAGUUUGAGAAAUAUAUCACUAGAAUGUCAACCUUUAACAGUUUAAAGGUGCUAAAGAGGAUGUUUUGCUUUAUACAUUUUUGCAAUAUUACUUGAAACUGUCUUUACUAACUGAUAAAAGACUAUUUAUUAGGUGCACUGAAAGGAAUAAUAUUAA